GGAGGCUUAUCAGAGUUGUUAUCCCACUGCAGGUUUGCAAUGGGGAGUAUACAGAUAUUUCUCUGUGUUUCUCUUGCACAUUUAAUUGCUGCUCAACUAGUAAUAAAAAAGCAGGAUGCCACAUUUUUCCAGGAUGUUGAACAACUGGUUGACAACAUCAGGCCUUUUCCAUUUGAAAGCAAUUUUGAUUUCACCCCGUAUGACACCAUCUUCAGCUCGUGGCGGACUCUGCACCCUGACUUUCACAAGCUGGCUGAAUUACCUCCCACCAUGAUAGUUCCAAGAGUUGAGGUAUUUUGCGAUGACUCAAAGCUAACUCUGCUGGUUGAUAAGAGUUCCAAUGGUGUCAUACUGACCAGAGAGGAGCUACAGCUUGGUGGUGGGUGCUAUAGCAACAGACAGCUACCAAACCAAUUUGUCUUUGCCUACAGUUUAGAUGAGUGUGGAACCACACCUGUGAUGCAGAAUGGCUUGGUGAUGUUUAGCAACUCUCUCCACUUGAAUCUCAAAAAACAUCUCCCCACAGGGGGGCAAACUCCCUCCACUGUGCGCAUCUCAUGCAUUCCUAAGAGGUCAUAUACAAACUUAUUUGACUCCACGGCAUUUCCUGAGACUGGCAAAAACUUUAACAUCAAAGCUAUGAAUCCAACUUGGACCGGGAUUGCAGAAACUAAUAUCUACAAGAGAGGGCAGGUUGUCAACCUCCAGGUUUCUGCCAAAGUCAGUUCUGAACAGAAGCAGCUUUUCAUCCCUUCCUGUUUUGUCUCUGCGUCCCCUGAACCUCAGACUAAACCCAGGCAUGCAGUCAUAAUGAAUAAAGGGUGCGCUGCCCCGUUGGGUUCUCCUCAUGCUGUCGUACAAUUUGUGGCCUCUGGCAGAGCAGAUGUGGUUAAUCUUGUUCUGAACACAUCUUAUCUUAUUUCUGAGCUGUACAUCCACUGCAGUGUCCUCAAAUCAGACCAAGGUGUCAACACUGGCUCUAAAUCCUGCAACUAUAACAUGAUGCAGUCAAGAUGGGAGGACCUGAGAGGAAAUGCAGAGGUGUGUGAGUGCUGCAGCUCAAAGUGUAGAGGCCUGUCAGUCAAGCACCUGUCUGAAGAUGCUAAAUCUGUCAUCAGCACCGGCCCUUUGCUUAUUGUGGACAAACAUGUAGAGAUGAGUCCUCAGCCUGCUGUUCCUCAAAUGCAAGAGCCCAACAGUGCUCCGCAUGCACAUUCCAUGCAGUCUGAUGGUGCCGCAAUUGUUUCUGGUGCUUCCUUAUCAAGACUCCCUCAGGGUGUGGUGGUUGUCAGUCAGGACCCAGUUGCCAGGCUGACACUUUGGCUACCUGAACAAGUCCAGGAUCCUGAACAUGACGAGAGUAAUGGUUCUAACCCUGAAGACCAUUUGAAAGUUAAGUUGCACGCAAGAGACACUACAUCAAAAUAUCUUCCUGAGCAGCCACCUUUAACCUCAUAUCGGGAGCCUCUUCUGAAUACACCCACAAACAAGUUCAGAGCUCAUGGUGCAUAUGAACUAAAUGAUGGUCAUAUUCUGAAUCUUCUUACACUAGUUAAUGAAUUGGCAGUUCAUCCACAGAUGGAAAAAGGAGCUUUUGCACAUGAAUCUCAAAUAAAAGAGCAUUUUGGAAGACCUGGAAUGUUUGAAGCUCAACAAGAGAUUGACACCCCUCUUAUAGCGGAGCUGACUUUAAAUAUCCUUAACCCACAUGAUCUUCACCAAAUGAGAGAUGAGCUGGCAGAAGAAGCUGUGAUGCCCAGGGAAGAUGUGACGGAUUCAAUAAUUCACUCAAAAGUUCAGUUUUCCAAAGGCAUGGAUGGAUCCCAAACCUUGAGUUAUGAGGAAGAAGUGAUGAGGGAGCAAGAGGGAAAAGGUGUCAGCAGUAGAUUUUGGAUGGAUGGGAAUAAAAUUAAACAGGAGCCCAAACGGAGAGGUCUGCGCUCGGUUUUCCUGGACUUGCUAAGGAGGAUGGACAAGGCAGAAUAACUGUUUUAAGAAUAAUCUAAAAUGACACUUUAACUGAAUAAAAUCUAUUGAGCAAUGA